AAAUCACUAACAGUUAUUUAUCAACUUCUAGCAGUGGUCGCAAAAUGACGAUCAUGGUCGUGAUCUUACUUUAUUCACGAUCGAUUUUUUGAUCUUGAGUAAAAUUAUUCAAUGCGAUAGUAUUUCUUGAUCUUGAUUAAAUUAUUUCUUAUAAAAUACUACAAUAUAGCUUGCGUGUAAUGUUAGUUCAAAAUUACGUUACGUUUUCUUCAUAUAAAUAAAUUUGCUUUAUUUGAUAUUAAAAAUAAUUCAAUUUCCUUUUCUUUAUCUUAUAUCUUAAAGAGUAAAAUAUUAAUCCUUCCUCUCGAUUUCAAAAUCGUAAUAUACAUUUAGUGUCGUUAAUGUAAAAUAUACAGGUUAUGUGAUGCGUGCAAAAAACAUUCCUCCACCAAUUAGAAGCGAUCACAAAAAACCACAAAUUACUGUGGAAAAUCAAUGUGAUUGGGAACGAUUGCGAUCGAAUCACUGUCAUUCAUAAAUUCACAAGUAGUAGUUCCCGCCAUCUCUACUGAUUAAUGCUUACGCGUCUAUGAUUAAAUGUUGUGUACUCUUAAAAUUUUGACUUAAAAUUAAACAUGAGCGGAAUCGAUUUUCAGAAAUUUUACGACAGCGAAACGGUCGAGAAGGUGGAAAAACAAGAAACAAAUUGUGAGAGAAAGGUAUCUAAAACGUGGGUGAAGAAGCAUCGAAAAAUGCCAUCAAGCAUUUUAGGGCCGCCCGACUUUUGGAUGAAAUUUGAUAAACAAGUGGAUGCGCUUAACACAGCUUCGAAAGAGAGUAACGAUUACAAUAUGCUUUGCACGUUUGUUUAUCAGGAAUGUAAUGGUUAUCGUAAAUUCAUAGUAGCUCAUCCUGAAAUAUAUUGGUGGCAUUAUGAGCAUCUCCCGGCAGAAAGAAGAUGCUCUUACGAGAUAAUUCCAGAAAAUCAGCCUUGUCGAUUAUAUUUGGAUUUAGAGUAUUCGAUCGAACUAAACUCUGAACAUGAUGGACCGUCUAUGACAAAUAUAUUAAUUGAUAUUUUUUGCAUGUACUUGCUUAAGCACUGGCGUAUAAUAUGCAACAGAUACAACGUAAUCAAUCUAGAUUCAAGUACUGACGAAAAAUUUAGCAGACAUGUUAUAUUUAAUAUUAGAGAUGUAGCCUUUAGAGAUAAUUAUCAUGUUGGUAGAUUGGUAAAAUCUAUAUGCAUGGAUAUUUUGGAUUAUGUUUCAUCUAAGGAAAAGCAACACGAUAUUUUAACCUGCUUUGAUAGAAUGCAACUUGAAGGAUUAAUUGUUGAAACAAAGAAAGGAAAAAGACUGUUUGUCGACACUGCAGUUUAUACUAAGAAUAGGCAUUUUAGAAUAUAUAAAUCCACCAAAUGGGGGAAACAAUCAAAUCUGGUGGUCUCAAAUGAUUGUAAAUAUAUUUGUUCUAGUGCAUAUAAUGAUAACGAAUUAAGCAUAUUUUUAGAUUCUUUGAUAUCGUAUUUUGAUACGAAGAAAGGCUUGAUAUUACUGGAAUGGUCUGGAAACUGUGUACCAAAUACGAAUUGUUUUAAGGAUAGAGUACAACAAUGCAGUUAUCAGGAAAGUGGUAGUGCCUGUUCAAACUUUCCAAUGUUAGAUAAAUAUGUUAACAAUUUAAUAUCUCCUGGAAAGAUACGUAUAUGUAAACAUUAUGAAUAUGCAAAAAUAUUGGUCUAUGAAACUGUGGGAUACAGGUACUGUGAAAAUAUUGGCAGGUGUCAUAAAAGUAACAAUGUUUUAUGGAUCGUAAAUUUAAAAAAUAAAAUGAUAUAUCAGAAAUGUCAUGAUCCAGACUGUUUUGGUUUUAAAUCUCAACCAAAACAAUUACCAGAGGAAAUUUAUUUUCAAAUCGACGAGGAAGGUGAUACAUUUUUGAGUAGUGUCAUAACAGAGGACAUAGUGUAGAAGACUAGUCCUUUUAAUAUCAAAAAGUUGUAUUGAGGUAGAAAUACCUGAAACACAGUAUUUUUAAAUGGAGGUAAUACACAGAUGGGAACAAAGUUGUUGAACAAUUUCAAGUACACAAUACAAAGCUUUGUUUCCACGAUAUUUUCUCCUGAGAUUGGUACGAAAUGUUAAAAUAUAAAACAUUUACAUGCUUCUUUUACAUAAUAUUGCAAACGUCUUAUAUAAUAUACUAGAUUAUUGUGUAUUAUAUUAAGAUGUGUACUACAUUAAGAUGUAUGUUACAUUGCACAGAUUAUUUACAAUUUAUAUAAGUAAUGAAUGUGAAUCGAUUUCAUUAUAUAGACACACAUAUAUAUAACUGUACAUAACAAAUUCAGAUAUAUGAACUUAUAGAAAAUUAAUUCUCCAUAUUUUAUGCAACUAUUUAUAUUUUCACUACCCCCAGUGUACAUAAAUACAACAUAGCAUUUUGGCUGUGUAAAA